UACAAGCGCUGUGGUCGCAGGUGACCAAGAGUAAGUGACUUGUCAUUUCCCGCUGAGGACAUGCGUUAAUGGAUAUGAUACUGUACUAGGGUCCAAUGCCUCAACCGCUCGUCAUGCGUCGCCCUCGCCAUCACAAGGAUGGCGCCCCUUCACCUUGCGCCCGAUCUACCUGACCUUCCUUGCCUGUCUGAUGGCCUUGAUGUUGCUGAUAUUGGAGGGUUUGCGUCGCUAUACGGAGUGGUACGGAGGUCUCGUCUUUGUGGAUGCGACCGAGGAAGUGUCCGGUCUCCAGUCCUUUGCGUACAACUAUAUCCCCAUUAUCGUCGCCCUCAUUCUGUUGACCUUGUGGUCUCUCGUCGACUUCGAUGUCUUGCGCCUCGAGCCGUACUUUCAGCUGGCCCGACCGGAGGGCGUACCCGCUUCUGUACUCUUUAUCAACUACAAUUUCGGCCAAACCUUCAUUACACCGUUUCUGUCCGCCAAGCGAGGUCACUGGGUCGCCUUGUUGGUUUCGAUCGUCACCGUCCUCACUCGAAUGUUCCUCCCCGCGCUGCAGAGUACUCUCUUGGAACUGCGCGAGGUCACCGUGGUCACCAAUGAGAGUAUGAAUACUUGGCCGUCUUUGGUGGGGUUGGGUAUUCAGGCCAAUUGGAUUGCCGCUCAGGAACGGAGCAGUUUCGAUUCUGCAAACUCAGCCUUUGCGUCAACCGCCAAUACUCUGCAGAAAUCACGCUCCCCCGAUUUCGCCAUUCCGCCCGUCCAGAUCCCCACGAACGACCGCCGGGAAAGCACAGUGUGGAAAGUCAAUCAAACCAUAUACUGGUCCCAGUUGUCCUGCCAGGAUUUAUUGGUUAACGAUACGUUGCCAGUGACAAUAAAUCAAGCCAAUGUGAAACACCCGGUUGUGUCGUGGAACGUGACGGGAUUGCCCCUGGUCAACGGGACGAACGAAGACUGUUCAUUGGACUUUCACUACGAUAGCAUCUUUUACCAUGACACUGACUUUCUUCAAGUGCGUUACUGGGAGCCUGUGUGGACGACGGAUACUCUCUACUCGAGCUCGGUGCGAAAGGCGUUCCGCCCUCGUGAUUGCGACCCUUUUGAUUUGUACGGUGUUCUCCUAUCAGUCAACGCUACGACGGUGCAUGCCGAUGCGAUUAGCUCGCUGGGCUCGCAGUAUACUUCGUCGGCGACCAUGUUUGCCUGUCAUAUCCAGUACUAUAAAGCGCUAGCGGAGGUCUCUAUGCAUGCGAAUAGUUCCAUCACAUCACUUCAUGUAGUGACUAACACCACCGCCAAUCUGACUAGCCAGGAGUUCAAUAUCGAUGAGUUCCAGGGACUCCUCUCCCAUCGGGCACCAUACACUAGUGAUAUCCUCUUUAUGCAAUAUAAUGACACGAUGGGCGAUCGCAUCGUCACGGAGCUUCCGGUCAUCGGUCAGCACAUGCCCGAUGUGGAACCUAUGCCUGUGUUGGAUACCGCCACGAUCAUGCAGCAAGGGGAAUUCGAGGAAAAGGUCAAGCGAGGUGUCAUUCAGACAUUUGUAAUGACCAUGGGUCGUCUGUUCAACCCGGAUGUACCCCCAAUCACCGUCCCCGCCGUCCGCCUCGCACACCAGGUCACCAUCGCCGUCGUUUCGUUCGCAGCAACAUUGUCGGAGGCCAUUCUCUUCUUCGGGAUCGUUGUGGCCUUGGGUCUACUUUACUUUUACCAACGUCGUCCCAAUAUCCUUCAAAGUGACCCCGCCUCUAUCGGAGCCAUGUGCAGCAUGGUAACAGACUUAUUCUCGCCAUCAAACAUACUCGGCAACGCCCAGUCCGAUCUGCAUCAGCUCUCGACUCGGCAGCUGCGAAUGAUCCUCCGAAAUUUCCGACUCUACUGGCGGGAAGGGCCUAUGGGAAGACGUGUAGAGAUUGUAUCAGUGGAUGGUGAUGGUCAGGACUCCCCGAGGAGCCUGCGGGAUCGGAUCCGCACGCGCGUUGACCCGCGACCACAUUUCCUGGUUAUUCCUAUCUUUAUCCUUGAAUUUCUCUUUCUUAUCGCUGUUAUUGCUGUCAUGUCGCUGGUCAUCGCCUCUCUGGCCCAUGAAGGUAGUUUCAGACAUCUCACCCAAUCGGAUUCCAGUUUCUUCCAGGUUGUGCUAUCCUUCCUCCCUUCUGUGGUCGCUUCUGCCGUCGGGUCGCUGUGCACUUCUAUCCAUCGGAAUAUCAGCAUUCUGGAGCCGUGGGUCCACCUGCAGCGCGGAAAGGCCAAGGCCGGGGCCUCUUUAUCGAUGAAUUAUGCCUCUCAAACCCCGUGGCUAGUAUUACUGAAAACAAUCCGCGACCGCCAUUUCCUACUAGGCCUGGUAUCCUUAGCCUGUGUGAUGAACACGGUCCUCACCGUGGUUGCUGGUGGGCUUUUCACGCAAAAGCUGACCACCUCUGGCUUCGCGACUCAAGCCAUUAAGGCGAACUAUAGUAAUUCCAUCUUUAAGCAAACCGACUUUGCCGCUGAUUUCACCGAGUACGAUCUAAUCGAGACCAGCAUUACCAGCGGCGUUCCCAUGCUGCCGUGGACUAGCCCGGAUUACUCAUUCGUGCCGCUCAAAAAUAGCCAGCCAAACGUGACAGCCUCCUACAGAGCCACGACUCUCGGCAUUGGGGCCGAUCUCGAAUGUCAGGAACUGUCGAUCUCCAAGCACUUGAAGACGAACGCCACCACGGGGGCACCCUAUUGGCAGUACCAACCAUUUCAGAAUGAUAGCCGACAAUGCACGGUGAACAUGUUCCGGCAAAAUCAUGAGAAGAUCCCUCUCUCCAUCCACUUCCUUUCCCCUGCGGCCUUGGAGGACAUGGAUCAAUGCCAAACAUUCACGGUGCUGGUUGUUGGACGAUGGAACUAUACGGGGGACUCGGCCAUUACGGACCACAAUACUGUGGCCUUGCACUGUGAACCCCAAAUUCAGAUGCAGAAUUUUUCCAUUCUCUUCGACCAAAAGGGCCAGAUCCAGGAAAGUGACCCGAUGCCCAACACUGCUAUCACAUCCGGUUCCAUGUAUGAUAAUGCGACGAUCAGUCUGGGUCAGUUUAACAAAGUCUUCGCCUCGAUCCCUCAAAACUUCGCGGGUGAGGCAGAGCAGAAAGGACCCACGGUGUCUUCGUAUGACUGGGCUGGCUUUCUGGUUGCUCGCCUCUAUAAGCAAAGAGAACACGGCAUUUCCUCCCUUGAGCCUGAUGACUUGAUUGCCAUGUCGGAGACAGUCUACCAAUGGGUGUAUAGCACCUACUUUUCUUUGUGGGGCCCGAUCUACCUUGAACCGUUGGAGAACUCCCACACUGCCACUAAUGCAACCGUCUACUACAGCACCUGGGCGAUGAUCCCGUCGGUCCCUUCAUUGACCAUAGCGCUGUCUAUCAUCGCGCUGGACACGCUGGUCGUGUUGGUCGUGUUUGGGACGCGGCGGGGUCGAUUCAAGGGGCCGCGAAUACCACGGUCGAUCGGGUCGGUGAUUCCCUGGAUUGCGAACAGCCGCAUGCUAAGUGACUUCCGGGGAACGUAUUCUUGGACCAGUCUCCAGCGUCGAGAUUACCUGGAGCGGUUGAAUAAGCGAUACGCCUUCCGUCUGUUUCCGGGAUCAGACGCGCAGUGGCGAUUUGCCGUAGACGAAGAGCCAAUAGUGGAGGAAAACAAGCCCACUGUCGUUGCAGAUCCGGGGACCCUAGAUCCCACUAAGCAGCCCGAUGCGAUUGAGCUCCGGCCUAUUGGGGACGAGGGGACUGGACCUCAACGGAUUCACGACUAACGUGACAUGCCAUGUCUGUAUUAUAGCAUAGCGUCUUUGGUUUUCGUUAGACUAGGAUUUGGAGUUCUUGUAUGGGUGGAUUGGAUGUAAGGAUACAUGUACAUAUAAUAUGGUAAUACGGGAACCACGACCUUGCAAAUGCUGUCUCUGCUAUAGACCGUCAGCCCAUUCUUAUGACCUUACCACCUACCCCCGACCCGAGUC